AUGAACAUCAUGGGCAUGAACAUGGAAGAUUUCAACUCCAUCUUUAGGAUAGUUUCCGCGGUUUUACUCUUCGGUUCUAUGCAGUUUAAGCAGGAGAGGAAUUCGGAUCAGGCCACGUUGCCUGAUAAUACAGUUGCUCAAAAGAUCGCACAUUUAUUAGGUCUUUCAGUAACAGAAAUGACAAAAGCAUUAAUCAAACCGAGAAUAAAAGUGGGGCGGGAUUUCGUAACCAAAGCGCAGACCAAGGAGCAAGUUGAAUUUUCAGUAGAAGCUAUUGGAAAAGCCUGCUACGAGCGCUUAUUUAGAUGGCUCGUGAAUAGGAUAAACCGGUCUCUAGAUAGGACGAAGAGGCAAGGAGCUUCUUUCAUCGGUAUUCUAGAUAUGGCUGGUUUUGAAAUCUUCGAUUUGAACUCCUUCGAACAGCUAUGCAUAAACUACACGAAUGAAAAGUUGCAACAGCUGUUCAACCACACUAUGUUUAUUCUCGAACAAGAAGAGUACCAACGCGAAGGCAUCGAAUGGAAAUUCAUCGACUUUGGCUUAGAUCUGCAGCCUACUAUCGACCUUAUCGACAAACCUAUGGGAAUAAUGGCGCUCCUCGAUGAAGAGUGCUGGUUCCCCAAAGCGACAGAUAAGACAUUCGUUGAGAAGUUAGUCUCAGCGCACUCUGUUCAUCCUAAGUUCAUGAAGACAGAUUUCCGCGGUAUCGCUGACUUUGCGAUCAUACAUUACGCGGGCAAAGUAGACUAUUCUGCAGAAAAGUGGUUAAUGAAGAAUAUGGACCCACUUAACGAAAACGUAGUCUCUUUAUUACAGUCCUCGCAAGAUCCAUUCGUAUGCCACAUCUGGAAGGAUGCCGAGAUAGUUGGCAUGGCGCAACAAGCGAUGACCGAUACCCAGUUUGGCGCCCGAACGAGAAAGGGUAUGUUCAGAACAGUUUCACAGUUGUACAAGGAACAACUGACAAAGCUGAUGGCCACACUCAGAAACACGAAUCCCAACUUCGUGAGAUGUAUAAUACCUAACCAUGAGAAGAGGGCGGGCAAGAUCGAAGCGCCUCUGGUUUUGGAUCAGCUACGUUGUAAUGGUGUCCUUGAGGGCAUCAGAAUAUGCAGACAAGGUUUUCCCAAUCGUAUACCUUUCCAGGAGUUCAGGCAGCGCUACGAAUUGCUCACUCCCAAUAUCAUUCCUAAAGGUUUUAUGGACGGCAAGAAGGCUUGCGAGCAGAUGAUCGAGGCUUUGGAGCUCGAUCAUAACUUGUACAGGGUUGGACAGUCUAAAAUCUUUUUCCGAGCAGGAGUACUCGCUCAUCUAGAAGAAGAGCGCGAUUAUAAGAUCACUGAUCUGAUAGUCAACUUCCAAGCGUUCUGUCGCGGUUUUCUAGCGAGGAGAAAUUAUCAGAAGAGGUUGCAACAGCUGAACGCUAUCAGAAUCAUCCAGAGGAAUUGUGCUGCCUAUUUGAAGUUGAGGAACUGGCAAUGGUGGAGAUUAUACAUUAAGGUGAAACCUUUACUAGAGGUAACCAAACAAGAAGAGAAGUUAACACAGAAAGAGGACGAGCUAAGGCAAGUGCGAGAGCGAUUCGAAGCGCAGGUGAAACGCUGCCAGGAGUACGAGCAGAAGUUCCAGCAGGCCAGCGCGGAAAAGACACAGCUGGCUGAACAGCUACAGGCCGAAUUAGAACUGUGCGCUGAAGCCGAGGAGAGUCGUGCACGAGCGGCAGCUCGCAAGCAAGAGCUGGAGGAACUGCUGCAUGAUCUGGAGGGAAGGAUUGAAGAGGAGGAGGAACGCUGCAACGCACUGCAGCAGGACAAGAAACGGCUGCAGAUAAACAUACAGGAUCUGGAAGAGCAAUUGGAAGAAGAGGAAGCAGCUCGCCAGAAGUUGCAGUUGGAGCGUGUACAAUGCGACGCCAAGCUCAAGAAGCUGGAGGAAGACCUCGCGCUCAGCGAGGACACCAACCAGAAACUGCUCAAAGAGAAGAAGAUCCUGGAGGAGCGAGCGAACGAUCUUUCUCAAGCCUUAGCAGAGGAGGAAGAAAAGGCGAAGCAUCUCAGUAAACUCAAGACUAAACAGGAAUCGGCCAUCGCUGAACUAGAAGAAAAGUUACUAAAGGUACCUUUCGUAACGAAGUAUGAUGUAAUAAAUGUAUUGAUGAUUUCAAUGAUACAGUUUAUUUAA